AUGGGUCUUCCUACCGGUGUUUACAGAGCUGACCACGUCGGUUCGUGGCUGAGGCCCAAGGCCGUCCUCGAUGCUCGCAAGGAUGCUGCCGAGGGCAAGAUCUCCAGCGAGCAGCUCCGCAAGAUCGAGGACGAGUGGAUCGAGGGCGUCGUUACCAAGCAGGUUGAGAACGGCCUGCUCUCCAUCACUGAUGGCGAGUUCCGCCGCGCCUACUUCCACCUCGACUUCCUCGAGCAGCUGAGCGGCGUUACCGUCACCCGCCAGAUCAAGUACGGUGCCCCGCCCGUCCUUAGCGUCACUGGCAAGCUCGAGCACGCAAAGCCUAUCCAGGUCGAUGACUUCAACUUCCUCGAGAAUGCCAUCGCCAAGAACAAGGCCGUCGGUGCCACCACCAAGGUUGCUAUCCCCUCGCCCACCAUGGUUCACUUCCGUGGUGGCCGUGCCGGCAUCGACAUCAACUCCUACCCCGAUCUGGAUGUCUUCUUCGAGGACUUGGCCAAGGUUUACCAGGAGGAGCUUGACCUGCUCUACAAGGCCGGCUGCCGCUUUGUCCAGCUCGACGACACCAACCUCGCCUACCUCUGCGACCCUAAGAUGCGCCAGGAGGCCGAGGCUAGGAACGAGGACCUCAAGACUCUUCCCAAGAAGUAUGCCGAGCUCAUCAAUGCCGCCAUCUCCAAGAAGCCUGCCGACAUGAAGAUCGGCAUCCACCUGUGCAGGGGCAACUACCAGUCGCAGUGGUUCGCCUCCGGUGGCUACGAGCCCGUCGCUGAGGUUCUCUUCAAGGACCUCAACGUCGACGCUUACUUCCUCGAGUACGAUGACGCCCGCUCUGGUGACUUCGCUCCCCUGCGCUUCCUUCCUGAGCACAAGGUCGUCGUCCUCGGCCUCAUGUCCUCCAAGAAGAACACCCUCGACGACAAGGACGAGAUCAUCAAGCGCCUGAACGAGGCCGCUGCCGUGUGCCCUCGUGGUCUUGACCAGCUGUGCCUGAGCCACCAGUGUGGCUUCUCCUCCACCGCCGAGGGCAACAAGCUCUCCGAGGAGGAGCAAUGGGCUAAGAUCCGCCUCGAGGUCGAAAUCGCCAAGCAGGUCUGGGGUAAUGACCUGUCGAAAUAG